UCUUAUCCAACACCUGUAAGUCUGUAACGGAGCAUAUCCGGCUUCAUAACACAAAAAUCUCUUCAUGUUCCUCCUGUUCUUCCUAUACUAAUGAUUAUUUACCCUGGCCAUGUUCAUUGGUAGGUUCUCUUUGAUUCUUGGAUGACUGUACUAAUCGAAGAAAAUCGAAGCUUUCUCUCUAUUCGGACUAUUUCUUCAUUUCUAGCUAAUUUCCAUCCAUAUAUUCCAUUAUUGCACACACCAGCCUCGCACCAUUAAAGAAACGAAGAGAUGACGACGACGACGGAGAGUCGCCUGAGCAUGACCAAGUGGACGGCGACGGCGGCCAGCAUAUGGAUUCAGUGCUUCGGCGGCGCAUCCUACACCUUCAGCAUCUACUCCUCCGCCCUCAAGUCCAGCCAAGGCUACGACCAAUCAACGCUCGACACGGUGUCCGUCUUCAAGGACAUAGGCGCCAACGCGGGCGUCCUCUCCGGACUCCUCUACUCCGCCGUGGCGCUCAAUCGCCGCGCCCGUUUCGGGGGGCCUUGGGUGGUACACGUGGCGGGGGCAAUCCAGUGCUUUGCGGGGUACUUUUUCUUGUACGCCGCCGUGGCAGGGUUGGUGGAGCGGCCGCCGGUGACGGUUGUUUGCUUGUUCAUGUUCUUCGGGGCUCACUCUCAGACCUUCUUCAAUACGACUAGUGUCGUCACUGGCGUACAGAAUUUCUCCGACUAUGGUGGGACCAUUGUUGGUAUUAUGAAGGGAUUUAUGGGACUUAGUGGAGCAAUACUGGUACAAUUCUAUGACACAUUAUGCAAAGGCAACCCCAGCUACUUCCUCUUACUUCUGGCCUUGUUGCCAACACUAGUCUCCAUUUUGUUCAUGCCCUUUGUGAGAAUCUAUGAAGCUUGUAGAGCUGAAAUAGACAAGAAGUACUUAAAUUGUUUCUCUGCUUUUGCUCUGCUCAUUGCUGCUUAUCUGAUGGUCACAAUCAUACUGAGAAACAUUUUCACUUUCUCAUUGUGGGCUAGUGUCCUCACUUUCACAUUGCUGCUUCUGAUUCUAUUCGCCUCACCCAUUGGAAUCGCAAUCAAAGCUCAGUUCAUGGAGUCAAAGACACGGCGAGAAACAAGUACUUCUACGGCGAGUGAUGCUUUACUUGAUAAAGAGACGUCUAUAGAAUAUGAUGGUGAAGAUAUGACUCUUGUGAGUGCUAUGAGCUCUGUUAAUUUCUGGUUGUUGUUUAUUGCAAUGCUUUGUGGAAUGGGUACCGGCUUGGCCACCAUAAACAACAUGAGCCAAUUAGGCCAGUCACUUGGUUACACAACAGUGGAGAUAAACACAUUUGUUUCUCUAUGGAGUAUAUGGAACUUUUUAGGCAGAUUUGGAGCUGGGUAUGUCUCAGAUUAUUUGCUACAUACAAGAGGCUGGGCGAGGCCAUUGUUAAUGGCUCUCACUCAAGCAACAAUGGCUGUUGGGCACCUUGUAAUCUCAUCUGGAUUUCCUGGAAAUCUCUAUGUGGGUUCAGUCAUUGUAGGCAUCUGUUAUGGCUCACAAUGGUCACUAAUGCCCACCAUCAGUUCUGAGAUCUUUGGUGUCACACAUUUUGGUACCAUUUUCAACACAAUUGCCAUAGCCAGCCCUGUUGGGUCUUACAUUUUCUCAGUGAGGGUAAUCGGGUUCAUCUAUGACAAAGAAGCUUCUGGAGAUGAUGGCUCCUCCUGCAGUGGCACUCUCUGCUUUAUGUUGUCUUUCCUGAUCAUGGCCUCUGUUGCAUUCUUUGGGUUUCUUGUUGCUCUUGUGCUGUUCUUCAGAACCAAGAGGUUCUACCACUCCAUUGUGUUAAAAAGAUUGCGGCAUCUUCCAAACUAGCUCUGUCAUCCAGAACAAAACUUGGUGCAUCUGUAACGAGUGAUAUUUUGGUCUUGUGAAUUCAACAAAUUAUAUUUAUUUUCGGAAAAUGAACAAGUCAAUAAGAUAAUUUUCUGUCAAUUUUUUCAUAAAACCGAUUAAAGUUUC